AUGUUGGAGAAUCUCUCAAGCUUGCUCAAAUCUACGAUUCAGAAUUUUGAAAUCGAGCCUGAUAUUCAAAUUAUCUCGCAGAUCAAUAAGAAAAUCUCCAAUUUACAGCGGCUUAGGUACGAGAAGAUCCAACAACAGGAACAAGAGUUGGAGAAACUUGUGAAUGAAUACGAGUUGAAGCUCAACGGGAUCCAAUCAUUGGAGCUAUCACAGGAACGGAAGAAAAUUUUAGAAGAGAUCAAUGAAUUAAAUAAUUUGAAAUUCAAGCUCGCCAGAAACUAUUUGGAACUCGAAAAUGAGAUCAAUGACUUGGGGUUACAAUUCAAGAAAAAAACACAGGAGUUGGUAGAUUUGCAGAAUCUAAAUAUCCUAAACAAUGAAUUGAACGCAAAUCCUGAUUCUAACGUGUUGAAAUUGAAAAUUUACAAAAAUUUCGGGUUACUUAUUGAAACAAAGUUCAAAUCAACAACAAAAACUAAUCAUGAUAAUGGCGUGAAAGAUUUGACAAAUGACAGCAGUUUCUUAGAUAAGAUCAAUGAGGAUUACAAUAAUGAGAAAAUACACAACUUGGUCAUCAACAAUAACCGCACUAAUCUCAUCACCACUUUAAAUAUUGACGAAACUGAUAACAAAUUGAGUGACUAUUUCAUCAGUAAUUAUCUUUGGGAUAAUUUAUAG